AUGGCAUCGGAGCGGCUCAUUCAUUUGGUCUCCCAGCAAAAGCCACUUUAUGAUAAAGAUGCUGAGCUAAAGGACAAGAUAUGGCAGGAGAUCGCGGAGCAGCUUGGAAUCGGGGACGUCGAAGCAGUGAAGAAAAUGUGGCGGAACCUGCGAGAUACCUACGUCCGCAACAAAAGAGAUGGACAGGGCAGGAGUGGACAAGCUGCCAUUAAGAAGAAGAAGUGGAAGUAUAUGGACGUAAUGGCUUUCCUUCAAUCUUCCACAACAAAGAGAAGGGGGGUGAGUCCACAGGGGGAUGGCGUCUUCUGUCCAUGGAAGCCAGUGGAGUGA